AUGGUAUCCAACUCCAGUGCCUCGUCGAGCCCGUUUUCGUCUGCAGCCGAAGGCAUAACUGGAGGAUACACGGGUGGCAGCCUCACGAUCAAAGUCAUGAUCGCAUUCUUCCUCGGUCUGGCAAUGUACAACGCUGUUGAGUUGCAGGUUCUCAUAUUCGGUACAUUCAAGAGGUUCCGGGGCUUGUACUUCUGGAGCUUGCUCAUAUCCAGCAUGGGCAUUUUCCCCUAUUGCAUAGGAUUCCUUUUCAAAUACUUUUCGAUUCUCACGAACGCAAAAUGGUUCUCCCUGCUGCUCUUGAGCGUGGGCUGGUAUCCGUUGAUUACAGGUCAAGCAAUUGUCCUCUAUUCGAGACUCCACCUUUUGUUGACAGGCGAGAGAAGAGACAAGAUUCUUAAGUGGACGAAAUGGAUGAUUAUUGUCGAUGCGAUUGUUCUGCAUAUACCGACGACAGUCCUGACAAUUGGUUCAAACAGUGACACACAUACCAAAGCCUUUGUGGACGGAUACAACGUGAUGGAAAAGGUCCAGAUGUGCGGCUUCUUUCUCCAAGAAGUCGUUUUGUCAUCGAUCUACAUUAUCGAGGCCAUUCGCAUACUUCGCUCUUCGGUCCAAAUGCACACCAAGAGACUCAUGUAUCAGCUGCUGGCGAUCAACGUCUUGAUUAUCACCUUGGAUCUGGGGUUGCUGGGUCUGGAAUGUGCCUCGCUCUACAUCCUCGAGACAAUCACGAAACCAGCCUUUUACUCCAUCAAACUCAAGCUUGAAUUCGCCAUUCUUGGGAAACUGGUCGAUUUCGUGGGCGGAAGGAACCCACCACCUCCGUUUGCGAGAGAUGAGAAGCGGAGCUCUUCCGCUUUGAAUGGAGGUACCGAUAUAUCUGAGUUUGUGGACCUGACAAAGGUCGGCACUGAUGUGACGAGGACAUCUCAGCCGUCGCAGCCGAAGCGAACCAGCACUUGGAGCAGGCCCGGCAUUCGGGGUCAGGACUUCGAUUUGGAGAUCGCAAGACUGGAGCACGUGGAGACACUUCCAUCAGAGGCGAGGAUACCCAACGGAGACUCUGCGUCCCCGAGGUAUUAG